AUGUCUAGGCGACUAUCAGCCAUGUUCUCGGCUGCGGGCUUUGCACAGCCCGACAGCAAAUCCUCCACGCGCGGCGACUCUCCUCGAAAACUAUCUCCAUCAGACACCUCGCAAGUUCACAAGUCUUCAGCACCAGACGACGUUUCACGAUCUCGAUCACCUUCCAAGCUAUCCAAGCAAGCUCCCGCGUACAACGAGGCGCGCAGACAGUCCACACAGUACCUCAUGACGCCAGAGUUCACUCUGCCCAGUUUGCGGGACCUCGAAAAGGACGACAUKUACCUCCCUCAGCUCCCACCUCCACCAUAUGUCAUGACAGACUCUGAAGACAGAUCGAGACCCUCAUCUCGCUCGGCCAACCGWUCCAUGACGCCCACGCUGGUCCUGCCAGGCGAUGCCGCUCCUUCCUUGUCAUCUCCGGGAGGUGAAGUGCUGCAGAAGAAGAAGCAACAUUGGUGGAGUAAGAGCGAGGACACAAAUCGUGAUGCGAGCAAAGGUCCGAUUGCGUGGAUCGCGGGACACGCACAGAACUUGCCGUAUGAUGUUUCAGGCCUUGUAAAUGCGAAACCGAUGCAAGAACUUUGGAACGAAGAAGGCAACUGUACAGUUUAUCUUUUCCCUCGGGUCUCCAACAAGGGACCAUCGUUCAAGGUGGACUCUGCUGUGUUUGCCUCUUCUUCAGUGCUCACCAAACUCGCAUUCGGUGAAUUUCACAACGACACGAGGGGUGUAUCGGGCGAUCGAAGGCAAAUACCUCCGGAAACGCGUGCGCGAGGCCUGUCACAGCACGACCCUGCAACUCCGUCAAUCAGCUCGAGACGCAACGGCGAGACCAACGGCUCCACUUCAUCACAUGAUUCAAACGGACGACAGUCAAACUUCUCCUACUCCUCCCAGCAGACAGAUCUAUAUUUCCCCAUCAAGCUCGGCAGUGAUGGAGCAGCGGAAACUUCGACAGCAAAGGCCGGCGAUCGGGCCACGAUGGAGGAUCUCCAAACACUGGUGGACUACCGCAACUUUUUCGCAUUCCUCUGCGGGCAGUCUCUAGUCGCAACGGAGCGGAGGAGUUCGUUCUUCAGCAUCUUUAUGACCAUUGCUGGAAUACUCAGAUCGUACCAAUUCACCAACGCCGAUGGCUCUUCUUAUGGCGAGGUGUGCAACGCUAGCUUUGACGCUUAUGUCACAGAGCUUGGACUGGCGGACGUCAGGACUAGUCGAGAGAAGACCAUUGAAGGUAUCGUUCUGGGUGAGCGCAUGAAGAACGUUCUCCUCUACAAUGAAGCUUUCACGCAUGCUGUUGGCAAGCACGGCGAUCUCGUAGCGCUCAAGAGUCCCAAGUUCAACAUGAUUUCGCCCAUCUCCCAGAAUCGGCUCGUGCGAGCGUCCAUGGACCUGGACAAGCGGGUCGCAUCAAUACGGCUUGUCAUGACAGAUUUUGACUUUCCAUUCCUCUUCUCUGGAAUCAUGAGCAGCAAAACAUCGAUUGAGAGGAAGGAGGGAGUGCGGUUCGAUGCGUGGAAGGAGAGCUUUCUUGGCAUGCGCCGAUUUAUGCUCGGUCUGCUCAAGCAACGAUAUGGAGAUUGGCCACCCAAGGCUAGUAGCAAAAAGAAUUCGCUUGAAACAUCGGGUUUGAAUCGGAUCGUGCUGCGCGACGUUUACAACGAUUUGGCGUCAAUGUAUGACCUACUCGUCGACAGAACUAGCCUCACUACCAGGACCAUAGAUGGCCAAAGUUUGGACGACGCCAGAGACGAGCCGCUUGUUCGAGGCUUGAGGGCCAUUCUCUCCGAGUAUGAUCGCUCCUCACCACCCGUGAAGCCACCGGUUCCAUUCGACUUGCCCCGGUUGCCAACAUUAAGAUCGACACGAAAAGAUUUCGGAGCGGGAGAUGCGAAGCAGGACGCCAAAGCUAUGAACAAAAAGAUCAAGGAUGAAGAGAUCUCUCAAAUGUUGCGCGCCAGCUGGAAUGAGGACGCAAUCGCCACUCCAUUCGUCAACGCCUUCCRGGAGAUGGAGAAGCGGGCCGCUCAUGGUUGCACGCCUGCCGAGAUUCAAGAUCUGCGAGUCGGUCAGUGGAUUUUCAUGUAUACAGUCCUGCAAGCUCUCCCCAUGCUGGCAUGCGAUGCGCCUGGUUUGAAGUGGACUCACGCUGUGGAGUACUUCCUCUGCGCUCCACCUCGAUCUGGUGUGCCCUGGGCAGACCAAGGAGCUGGGAACUCGGGCGCGGGUCAACGAACAUGGUUUUCUGUUGGCGGAGCAGGCGGCGGAGUGGUUUCACUACCUUCUGAUGUUGUUGAACACGGAGUUGAGGGAAUCUACCGACGAAGUCAUUGCUGGAGUAUGGCGGAGCAAUGGUGCGCAGCAAAUCCUAUUUUGAGCCAAGCAUUGCAAAUGCAGCAGAGCAGUGGUGGUGCAGAGUAUGAGCCCGAACCGCCGGGUCCGCAAGCUUCGCUACGUCCCACAAGCGUAUACAGCGAUCGAAGCACAUCCAACAAGCGACACUCGAGCUUUGGUCUUGGGUUGGAAGCYCUCCCUCUGCCCUCGGGAAUUACACCAGACGGAAGCGCUCCCAGCUCAAUGGAGAGACCGAGAACGCCGACUCAUUCUGUGGAUGCUAGCAAGACUUUUGACGCCAUCCUGGGAGGUGUUCCUGAUACAGGGAAGGGGAAGAAAAAGGGAAAGAAGUGA